ACACGGAAGUGAAAGGUUUGCAGCUCGGCUCAUGUAAACAGUCUACAACCACGGGUGUUAAAUAUUAGUUCUAAGCUUAGAAUGGAGAUUUAUGGGGUUUGCUAAAUGAUGAUAUUGAAUUGAGUAUGAUUUCUCACCCUGUGUAGGCUCCCUAGCAAGCCUGCCUACAGUUUUUAAUGACAGGCUAAAGUAGUAUGCUAAAGGAGCGCCAUUAAAGUUAUUCAGACUCUAUAAUGCCGUUCAUUGUUCCAGCUAACCAGCCGCAGCAGAUCCGCUCCUCUCAGAAGGACGAAUAUUAUCAAACCAGUCUGAGAAAUAACGCUAACGAGGCUUUCCAAACACUUGCUGGAUCAAGACGAUGGCUGCAGUGGAGGAAAGAAGUGGAAGUCCUGUCAGAUCUUACCUAUUAUGCACUAACCACUCUCUCAGGAUAUCAGACAUUAGGCGAAGAGUAUGUCAACAUUAUCCAGGUUGACGCCACCAAACGCAGGAUUCCUUCCCGGACACGCAGACUGGCUCUCGUUCUGUUUCACACCUUUGUACCUUACGUCCUGGACAAACUUCUGGUCUGUAUAGAACAUGAGCUGGAGGUGGAGGACUGGGAUUCCCAGAAUGCCCAGCGAGAAGCUGCAUUAACCUGGAGCCCGAUGUGGUAUAUAAAGGCAUGGAUCCAGAGGGCGGUGAGAAUGCUGAAUAGUCAGCAGAGGAAAUCUUUAAAGCCAGUCGUCUUCGCAGUGCAGCAGGGAAUCACCGUCUUGCAUAGGCUGCAUGUGGCUCUGUUUUACAUCAGUGGUGCCUUUUAUCAUCUGGCCAAAAGGACAUCAGGCAUCAGUUAUCUCAGAGUCCAGGGAUUGGCCGUGGAUGAUAAAGGCAUCCGAACGAGCUACCGGCUUUUAGGGUGUGUGUCGUUGCUGCAGCUGGCCAUCACACUUGCUCUGCAGUUCAACAAUCUGAGACUGAGGCAGCGCGCCAGACACGAGUGGACACAGCACAGGAAUCUGCCCUCAAGUCCUCAGGAGUCUUUGUCCUCUCGAUCUUCCCGCUGUAUUCUGUGCUUAGAGGAGAGGAGACACUCUACAACAACCCCCUGUGGGCAUCUUUUCUGCUGGGAGUGUAUCACAGAGUGGUGUAACACCAAGACGGAGUGUCCGCUGUGUCGAGAGAAAUUUCAGCCUCAUCGCCUGGUUUAUCUGAGAAGUUACAGAUAGAUGAUGUAACAUUUCACAACAACUUGAACAAGGCCUUCAUUCCAGUACUGCUUUUAAACCACCUUCCUACGUAACCACCUCAGAAGUGUGUGUAAACUGUAUUCUGGGGGGGAAAAAAAGGUGCCGACAACAUUACGAGUGGAUAUUUAACCAGACUGCACUUGCACUGGCCGUGUAGCUGAAGUGGAUUCCUUUGGAAAAUGCAUCUUCUAUUUCCUCUGAAUUGUGUGCCCAGUCUUAUGGGUUUGAUUACUGACUAAUGUGCUAAUUAGCUAGCUAUGUUUAUGGUUAUGUGAAAAGUAAAUGGCUACAGAUGUUUAAAUGCAGCUGUAAGAAAUCAUAAAAUAAUUUAUUGCUCAUAUUUACAUUUAAAAACCGUUUCAUCUGCCUGAUUUUGUGGUUUUGAGAUUUGCAAAUACCUAUAGUAUUUAAUUAUAGUAUUUAACUGGGUUCAUGAUGUAAAACGAUAAUCA